UAAACAGCAAUAUUAUAUAGAGCUGGCACAAGCCGCAUCGCCACGUGACGCAACGCUCGAUAAUUGGCGCGAAGCAUCGGAAAGCGAGGCGCUAAGUGGCUCGCGCUAAGAGCCAUCCGCCGGAGUGGCCACCCCGGGCCGGAAUGGGAGUCGAGAGCGGAAUGCGCGCCGGAGCGGCGAGGAGCAGGUGGAAGAGGCGCGUGGACGGCAGGACGGGCGGUGGAGAACGCGCCAAGGAGAGAUAGGCCGAGCGCGCUCGGCGAGGCGCCCGCCCACGGAUCAGAGCCGCAGCAGCGUCGCUCGGAGGAGCAGAGCCGCUCCUUGCUUGCUCGCCCACCGCACGCGCCCGCCGCAUGGACCAUGGACCGCAUCCGCAAGAAGAGGAGGCCCGCCAAGAACAAGAGGGUGCUGCUCUCGAUCGUCGACCCGUGGGACGUGAGCGUGGCGUCGGUGGACGGACGCCUCGAUUGGGCCUCGAACGGCGACGAGCGGCACCGACGGAGCGCUUCCUCGCUCGCAUCCAGCAGCCCUCGGACGCCCUGGCCCUGGUACAAGCCCGCCAGCUACUCCGGCGCGUCGACCGGCGCCCACAGGCCGAGCGGCGACGGCAGCGGUGGCAGCAGCGGCGGCGGCCGAGCUACCGCGGAUGUUCCAAUUAAGCCGCGGGCCGACGCUGCCGAGGCUGCGGGCAGCAGCAGAGGCGACGGACCCGCAGAGGCAGCAGCCGCCAGUCGCGAUGGCGCGCGCGGACGGCUGAGCGACAGAUCGUUCAUCCGCAGCCUCGUCGAGGAGCUGGUGCGCGCCAGGUACCAGUCCACGCCGACGCUGCAGCGCAGGCGCCGGCGGCGCGCCAGGCCCAUCCCGCUGCCCGUCAGCAGCGCCGAUCACUCAGGCAACGGCGGAUCUUCGGUGCUCACCGACGAUUGCUUUUGGACGAGAAGCUCAAUAAUCGACGAGAAGGGCGAUCAUCGCGCGAUCGGAGAGGAUCGUCCGAUCGACGACACUCGCAAGCUGAGCUUAUCGAUGCCGACCAAACUCGAUGCUAUGGAAGAUCUUCGCAUUGGAAGUAAACAGGGAGAGUCGCUGAAAUUUCCGAGGAGAGAAAGUGAGAGCAGCGCGACCUUCAGUAACAGCGGCUCCACUCUGAAUGGGAGCACACUGGGCUCGGAGACCGAAGAUGAGGGGAACGAGGAAGAAGCCUCCAAGGUGCCGCUGCAGAGUCGGGCGCAGGCGGCGAGCUCGGCCUCGGCCGCGAACUCCAGGAGGACGAACGGCGAGCCGGAAUACCCAAACGUGCAGAGCACGAACUCGACGAUCACGAGCGUGAACAGCAUCAGCAGCCUGCUGAAGGAGAAGCUGCAGUGGACGAUACCUCAGGCCCUGCGCAGCAGCAAGAAGAGGCAAAGGGCCGACUACAGGCUGCGCGGCUUCGUCGGGUUCCUCUUCCUGUGCGUGGUGUUCCUGGUGGGCUUCGCGCACAUCUACUACAGCCGGCACGUGCUGCAGCGCGCCUACUUCGACAAGUUCAGGUUCAACAAGAACGAGCGGCUGCUGCACGUGUACAACGGCGCGGGUGCGGAGAUCAUCGCGGCGCGGCUGGGCGUGGGCAUCCCCUCGGACACGGGCGUGUUCUCGUGCCUGCCGCAGCAGCAGCGCCCGGGCGCCGUGUGCCUCGAGUGGCUGCAGCACUCGCGGCUGUACCUCGGGCACACGCGGCGCGACUCGAUCGACUGCUACCACGUGACCUGGCAGAGCCUGGCCGUGGGCGUGAGCCCGCAGGACUGCUUCGACUGGUCGCCGAAGCGCGGCCACUGGUACGGCGCCGGCCAGAUCCAGAACGUGGCCUACCCGCUGGAGCAGGGCCGGCUGGAGGCCAGCCCCUUCAUCACGGGCGACGUGCGCCGUCACCCGUUCGGCAACGUGCUCAAGCGCUACUUCAUCAACUCGAAGGGCGCGAGCGUGACGGUGGACCCGCAGACGCCGCUCUACGUGUCGAUCAACGUCACGCGCACCAAGGAGAUGUGCCUGAUGGCCAAGCACGACGCGUUCGCGUACAUCAACCACCUGAGUCCGCGGCCGCAGCUCAACUACAGCAUCUGCGCCGGCGACAACAUGCGCAGCCUGCACGCGCUCACGGCCGAGAAGUUCCUGUGGGACGGGCUGCGCCCGGACGAGCUGCAGGCGGUGCACUCGCUGCUGACCGAGCCGGUCUGGCAGGUCUCGCCGACCAACGAGGCCGACGUCUACAACUACACCGAGGACGUGAUCGCGCUGGGCUUCCUGCGCCAGGGCCACGUGCUGCUGAGCGAGCGCUGGCAGCCCAGCUCCGGCGACUUCGCGCUCGACGAGAGCCGCUUCCGCUCCAUGAACAACACCAUCGACGUGAUCCACCGGCGCGGCUUCCGCAUCGCGCUCGCGCUGCAGCCCUUCAUCUCCACCGAGUCGCGCAACUUCCGCGAGGCGGUCGACUCGCGGCUGCUGAUCUCGGAGCGCGGCAGCGACCCGCGCAUCCCCGCGCUCACGCGCUACGGCCAGUUGAACAGCGCCGGCGUGCUCGACAUCACCGGCAACCGCACGCUGCCCUGGCUGCGCGCCAAACUGCAGGGCCUGGUGGAGCGCUACCGCGUGGACGCGUUCUACCUGGACCUGGGCACCGCGCAGGACAUGCCGCACUACUACCAGUGCGAGCGCCCGCUGGCCAACCCGGACCACUACAAGACCCUCUUCAUCGACGCGAUCCUGGCCGCGGUGCCCGUCAUCGGCGUGUCCGGCGCGAUCGCGCGCCCGCGCGCCCCGGUCUUCGUCUCGCUGCCGCCCUUCCCCUCCUCCUGGAAGGCCAUCAAGACGGUCAUCCCCACGGUGCUCAGCUACGGCAUCAUCGGCUACUCGUUCGUCAUGCCCGGCGCCGUGGGCGGCGACGUCGCGCUGCCCAUGUCCGACAACAACCCCGACAACGACUUCGAGGUGAACCUGCCCGACAAGGAGCUGUACGUCAGGUGGCUGCAGCUGUCCACCUUCCUGCCGGUCAUCCGCUUCACCCACCUGCCCAGCAAGUACGCGGACGAGAGCGUGCUCGAGAUCGCCAAGAGCCUGACCACCCUGCGCCAGAAGCACGUCACGCCCCGGCUCAAGAAGUACGCCAACAUCACGCUCGACACCGGCCUGCCGAUUAUCCGGCCGCUCUGGAUGCUCGACCCCAGCGACCCGGCCUGCCACCUCGUCGUCGACGAGUUCUCCGUCGGCGACGAGAUCAUCGUCGCGCCCAUCCUGCACUCGGGCAGCAGGCAGCGCGAGGUCUACCUGCCCGCGGGCGUCUGGAAGGACGGCAUCGACCAGAGCUUGAGGAAGGGCUCGCGCUGGCUCCACCAGUACAGGGUGGCCGAGGACAAGAUCGCCUACUUCAUCAAGAUGCCCGCCGACAUGAGGUUCUAGUUGCCGCGCCAAAGACUGCCUCUCCGCCUCGCAGCCGCACUCGUCGUUGCGCGCGACCGCGACUCCUCUUCGUCGCCUUCCAAAGCCUUCUUAGCUUAAUUAAUCUUUCUUAAUUUUACGCGUGCCUCCGUUCGCCACCGUUUCGGCACGUUAUCUGCUCGGUCGCGAGAUUCGAACUACCGAGGCCAUCUUGCUUCCGAAGCUGUCCGAAUCCCACUCCGAUAUGUCGAUAAAAACGAAAGCGAAAACGUCGUGAUUCGCGUUUUCUUUAUUUUGCACUCGUGAAAAGCCACGUGUGACGCCCGCGGUCCGAGUUCGAAUUCAGAUUUUCCGCUAAAUUAUUCAUCGAAAGCCACACUUGGUUUUAUUUUCUCGUGGAAGAACUUGGAAACAACGCAAUCCUCAAUGACGCGUACCAGAUUGAUAUUUCUAGUCGGGUGCUGCCACGCGAUUUCUCGAAUUCCGAUAAGAAAACUUGGAGCAACAAAAAUCGAGUUUGUAGAAUCCGAAUUCACUUCGAGGGGCCCAGCCUAAAAGGCAUCCAAUGUCACACGGAAUAGUAAUGAUAAUAGAAAAAUGAGAAGGUUCGACCGAAAUGAGAAAUUGUAGAAACGGUGCCGAACGAAGGCUUUGUCACUGGUUAUGAAUUUAUGUCAAUUGAGUUCGAAAGUGUUUUUAGUUAUCAGACAAAGUCUUCAUUGUCACUUUGAUAUAUAACAUGUGAAGAAGAUAACGACAUUG